AUGGGCUUCGCCGCAAACUCGGUUUUCUUCACCCUGAAGGUGAGCGUCCUGCUGGGGUCGCUGCUGGGGCUCUGCCUGGGCCUCGAGUUCAUGGGCCUCCCCAACCAGUGGGCCCGCUACCUCCGCUGGGAUGCCAGCACCCGCAGCGACCUGAGCUUCCAGUUCAAGACCAAUGUGUCCACGGGGCUGCUCCUUUACCUGGACGACGGUGGCGUCUGUGACUUCCUCUGCCUUUCCCUGGUGGAUGGCCGCGUGCAGCUCCGCUUCAGCAUGGACUGUGCGGAGACCGCGGUGCUGUCCAGCAAGCAGGUGAAUGACAGCAGCUGGCACUUCCUCAUGGUGAGCCGCGACCGCCUGCGCACGGUGCUGGUGCUCGACGGCGAGGGCCAGGCGGCCGAGCUGCAGCCUCAGCAGCCCUACAUGGAUGUGGUCAGUGACUUGUUCCUUGGCGGAGUCCCCGCGGACAUACGACCUUCUGCCCUGACCCUUGAUGGAGUACAGGCCAUGCCCGGUUUCAGAGGAUUAAUCCUGGAUCUCAAGUAUGGCAACUCAGAGCCUCGGCUUCUGGGGAGCCAGGGUGUCCAGUUGGACGCCGAGGGACCCUGCGGUGAGCGUCCCUGUGAAAAUGGGGGGAUCUGCUUUCUCCUGGAUGGCCACCCCACCUGUGACUGUUCCACCACUGGCUAUGGAGGCAAGCUCUGUUCAGAAGAUGUCAGUCAAGGUCCAGGCCUCUCCCACCUCAUGAUGAGUGAACAAGCCCGAGAGGAGAAUGUGGCCACUUUUCGAGGCUCCGAGUACCUGUGCUACGACCUGUCUCAGAACCCGAUCCAGAGCAGCAGUGAUGAAAUCACCCUCUCCUUUAAGACCUGGCAGCGGAACGGGCUCAUCCUGCACACGGGCAAGUCAGCUGACUAUGUCAACCUGGCUCUGAAGGAUGGCGCGGUCUCCUUGGUCAUUAACCUGGGGUCCGGGGCCUUUGAGGCCAUCGUGGAGCCAGUGAAUGGAAAAUUCAACGACAACGCCUGGCAUGAUGUCAAAGUCACGCGUAACCUCCGGCAGGUGACAAUCUCUGUGGAUGGCAUCCUUACCACGACGGGCUACACUCAAGAGGACUACACCAUGCUGGGCUCGGACGACUUCUUCUAUGUGGGAGGAAGCCCAAGUACCGCUGACUUGCCAGGCUCACCCGUCAGCAACAACUUCAUGGGCUGCCUUAAAGAGGUUGUUUAUAAGAAUAAUGACAUCCGCCUGGAGCUGUCUCGCCUGGCCCGGAUCGGGGACACCAAGAUGAAAAUCUAUGGUGAAGUUGUAUUCAAGUGUGAGAAUGUGGCCACACUGGACCCCAUCAACUUCGAGACCCCAGAGGCAUAUAUCAGUUUGCCCAAAUGGAACACCAAACGCAUGGGUUCCAUCUCCUUUGACUUCCGCACCACUGAGCCCAAUGGCCUGAUCCUCUUCACUCAUGGCAAGCCCCAAGAGAGGAAGGAUACUCGGAGCCAGAAGAACACCAAGGUGGACUUCUUUGCCGUGGAACUUCUCGAUGGCAACUUAUACUUAUUGCUUGACAUGGGCUCGGGCACCAUCAAAGUGAAGGCCACUCAGAAGAAAGCCAAUGAUGGGGAAUGGUACCAUGUGGACAUUCAGCGAGAUGGCAGAUCAGGUACCAUAUCAGUGAACAGCAGGCGCACGCCAUUCACCGCCAGCGGGGAGAGCGAGAUCCUGGACCUGGAGGGGGACAUGUAUCUGGGCGGGCUGCCAGAGAACCGUGCUGGCCUCAUCCUCCCCACUGAGCUCUGGACUGCCAUGCUCAACUACGGCUACGUGGGCUGCAUCCGUGACCUGUUCAUCGACGGGCGCAGCAAGAACAUCCGGCAGCUGGCGGAGAUGCAGAACGCUGCGGGCGUCAAGUCCUCCUGUUCGCGGAUGAGCGCCAAGCAGUGCGACAGCUACCCCUGCAAGAACAAUGCUGUGUGCAAGGAUGGCUGGAACCGCUUCAUCUGCGACUGCACGGGCACCGGCUACUGGGGAAGGACUUGUGAAAGGGAGGCAUCCAUCUUGAGCUACGACGGCAGCAUGUACAUGAAGAUCAUCAUGCCCAUGGUCAUGCACACUGAGGCAGAGGAUGUGUCCUUCCGCUUCAUGUCCCAGCGAGCUUAUGGACUGCUGGUGGCUACUACAUCUAGGGACUCUGCGGACACCCUGCGCUUGGAGCUGGAUGGGGGGCGUGUCAAGCUCAUGGUUAACUUAGACUGUAUCAGGAUAAACUGUAACUCCAGCAAAGGACCUGAGACCCUGUAUGCGGGGCAGAAGCUCAAUGACAAUGAAUGGCACACCGUCCGGGUGGUGCGGAGAGGAAAAAGCCUUAAGUUAACCGUGGAUGAUGAUGUGGCUGAGGGUACGAUGGUGGGGGACCAUACCCGCUUGGAAUUCCACAAUAUCGAGACCGGAAUCAUGACAGAGAAACGUUACAUCUCCGUUGUCCCAUCCAGUUUCAUUGGCCACUUGCAGAGCCUCAUGUUCAAUGGCCUGCUCUACAUUGACCUGUGCAAAAAUGGCGACAUCGAUUACUGCGAACUGAAGGCUCGUUUUGGACUGAGGAACAUUAUCGCUGACCCCGUCACCUUCAAGACCAAGAGCAGCUACCUGAGCCUGGCCACCCUCCAGGCCUACACCUCCAUGCACCUCUUCUUCCAGUUCAAGACCACCUCAGCGGAUGGCUUCAUUCUCUUCAACAGUGGUGACGGCAAUGACUUCAUUGCAGUUGAAUUGGUCAAGGGGUACAUACACUACGUGUUUGACCUUGGGAAUGGUCCCAACGUGAUCAAAGGCAACAGUGACCGCCCCCUGAAUGACAACCAGUGGCACAACGUCGUCAUCACCCGGGACAACAGUAACACCCAUAGCUUGAAAGUGGACACGAAAGUGGUCACUCAAGUUAUCAAUGGGGCCAAAAAUCUGGAUUUGAAAGGUGACCUCUACAUGGCGGGUCUGGCCCAAGGCAUGUACAGCAACCUUCCAAAGCUGGUGGCUUCCCGGGAUGGCUUUCAGGGCUGUCUGGCAUCAGUGGAUUUGAACGGGCGCCUGCCAGACCUCAUCAACGAUGCCCUCCAUCGGAGUGGACAGAUCGAGCGUGGCUGUGAAGGACCAAGUACCACCUGCCAGGAAGAUUCAUGUGCCAACCAGGGGGUCUGCAUGCAGCAGUGGGAAGGCUUCACUUGCGACUGCUCCAUGACGUCAUAUUCUGGAAACCAGUGCAAUGAUCCUGGCGCUACGUACAUCUUUGGGAAAAGCGGAGGCCUCAUCCUCUACACCUGGCCGGCCAAUGAUCGGCCCAGCACGCGCUCUGACCGCCUUGCCGUGGGCUUCAGCACCACCGUGAAGGAUGGCAUCUUGGUGCGGAUCGACAGUGCUCCGGGCCUCGGUGAUUUCCUCCAGCUUCACAUAGAACAGGGGAAAAUCGGAGUUGUCUUCAAUAUUGGCACAGUUGACAUCUCUAUCAAGGAGGAGAGAACUCCCGUCAAUGAUGGUAAAUAUCAUGUGGUGCGCUUCACCAGGAAUGGCGGCAAUGCCACCCUCCAGGUGGACAACUGGCCAGUGAAUGAACAUUAUCCCACAGGCAACACUGAUAAUGAACGCUUCCAAAUGGUAAAACAGAAAAUCCCCUUCAAAUAUAACCGGCCCGUAGAGGAGUGGCUGCAGGAAAAAGGCCGGCAGUUAACCAUCUUCAACACCCAGGCGCAAAUAGCCAUCGGUGGAAAAGACAAAGGACGUCUCUUCCAAGGCCAGCUCUCUGGGCUCUAUUAUGAUGGUUUGAAAGUACUGAACAUGGCAGCUGAGAACAACCCCAAUAUUAAAAUCAAUGGAAGUGUCCGGCUGGUGGGAGAAGUCCCGUCAAUCUUGGGAACAACACAGACGACCUCCAUGCCACCAGAAAUGUCUACCACUGUCAUGGAAACCACCACUACAAUGGCUACUACCACAACACGCAAAAAUCGCUCUACAGCAAGCAUUCAGCCAACAUCAGAUGACCUUGUUUCAUCUGCUGAAUGUUCAAGCGAUGACGAAGACUUCGUUGAAUGUGAGCCGAGUACAGAUAAGAGUCUUUCCACUUCAAUCUUCGAAGGUGGCUACAAAGCACAUGCGCCCAAGUGGGAAUCCAAGGACUUUAGACCUAACAAAGUCUCCGAAACUAGUAGGACUACUACCACAUCUUUGUCCCCUGAGCUGAUCCGCUUCACAGCUUCCUCGUCUGGGAUGGUGCCCAAAUUGCCAGCUGGCAAAAUGAAUAACCGUGAUCUCAAACCCCAGCCUGAUAUAGUCUUGCUUCCGUUGCCCACUGCCUAUGAGCUAGACAGCACCAAACUGAAGAGCCCACUAAUUACUUCCCCCAUGUUCCGUAAUGUGCCCACAGCAAACCCCACGGAGCCGGGAGUCAGACGGGUUCCGGGGGCCUCAGAGGUGAUCCGGGAGUCGAGCAGUACAACAGGGAUGGUCGUCGGUAUUGUGGCUGCCGCUGCCCUCUGCAUCUUGAUCCUCCUGUACGCCAUGUACAAGUACAGGAACAGGGACGAGGGGUCCUACCAAGUGGACGAGACGCGGAACUACAUCAGCAACUCGGCCCAGAGCAACGGCACGCUCAUCAAGGAGAAGCAGCAGAGCGCCAAGAGCGGCCACAAGAAACAGAAAAACAAGGACAAGGAGUAUUAUGUGUAA